AAUAUAUGAAAAUACUGAAAGGAAUAACAACAAUCCUAAACAUGAUAUGAUAGGUUACAUCGCAUUAUUAAUAUGUACUAUCAUGAUGAGAUCAUAAUUUAGAGAGAGGUAGGGUGAAGCUGGAGUCCAUGUGCUAAGAGCUUUCCAAUUUUCUUCACUUUAGUUUACUUUUGUAUGUGGUUUGGUUUUAUUUUGAUUUUCAGAAAAUAACCAAAAAAAAAUCUUUUAAGAAACAGAAAUGACUGAAUAUAUUUACUGAAAUAAUAAAUGUUUAAUAUGUGAAAUCAUACUGAAACAGUUAUCCUUUUAAGCAAAAAUAAUCCAUUUUUUACAAAUGUGUGAAUAUGAAGUAGACCAUUCUAUAUUUUGGUUUGGGAGAAUCGAACCAAACCGAAGAGGACCAACAUUCCAGUAUGUAAUUUAAACCGCCUAAACAAAUUGUAACCCGGUUCCACACAAUAAGAAAGACAUAGAAAAAAAAGCCCAAGUAAAGUGGGUAACAAACACGAAAAGCCCAAUUUCACAAUAAUAAAGCAUUAAAUCAUACACGUAAUUACAGUGUAGUCCCUCUAUUAUUUUUCCGUUACGAAUUCUCCACAAAUAAAGUUCUCUUAAUUAAAAAAAAGGAAAGAUAGCCGUUGGAGAAGAAGAAGAAGACGAAGACACUAACGGCUAUUUUUUCAUCUGAGCUUAUUAUAGAAGCUUCAUCACUUAUCUCUCUUCUCUCAAACUCUCACAUUCCUUGAGCAGAGAAUCUCAGAUCUAAGAUGAACGAUCUAAUGACGAAGUCGUUCACGAGCUACGUCGACCUAAAGAAAGCAGCGAUGAAGGAUCUAGAAUCAGGCCCCGCCGAUCUCGAGAUGACGAACAAAACCGACGAGAACCUCUCCUCGUUCCUCGAAGAAGCCGAGAAAGUCAAAUCGGAGAUGUCCUUGAUCGAGGCCGCGCUCUCUCGGAUCUCGCGCUACAACGACGAGAGCAAAUCCGCGCACAGAUCCGAAUCCAUGAAGUCUCUCCGCAACAAGAUCUCCAACGAGAUCGUCUCCGGUUUACGCAAAGCCAAAUCGAUUAAAUCGAACCUCGAGGAGAUGGACAGAGCGAACCGGGAGAUUAAACGGUUAUCCGGAACAACUCCGGUUUACAGAAGCAGAGUGACUGUAACCAACGGUUUAAGAAAAAAAUUAAAAGAAGUGAUGAUGGAGUUUCAGGAGCUAAGGCAGAGGAUGAUGAGUGAGUAUAAAGAGACCGUUGAGAGACGGUACUUCACCGUCACUGGAGAGAGACCUGACGAGGAGAUGAUUGAGAAGAUCGUUACUGAUGGAGGGGAAGAGUUUCUAACUAGAGCCAUUCAGGAGCAUGGGAGAGGGAAGGUGUUGGAGACGGUUGUUGAGAUUCAGGACAGGUACGACGCGGCGAAAGAGAUUGAGAAGAGUUUGUUGGAGCUUCACCAGGUGUUUUUGGAUAUGGCUGUGAUGGUUGAAGCCCAAGGGGAGCAGAUGGAUGAGAUUGAGCAUCAUGUGGUGAACGCGGGUCAUUAUGUUAAGGAUGGGGCUAAGGAGCUUAAGACGGCGAAGAAUCAUCAGAGAAGUAGUAGGAAAUGGAUGUGUGUUGGUGUUAUUGUGUUGCUUUUGAUCAUUCUUGUUGUUAUCAUCCCUAUCGUUACUAGUUUCACCUCUUCUUGAGAGAGACAUGAUGACUUAGUUGUUUGUUUUGUGCCUAAAGGAUGUCUUAAUCCUUGCUUUGUUGUGUUUGUGAUUCAAACUAUUAUGCAA